AUGUUGCAGCAUCGACUUUCGUUUGAGAAAAGGCUACUAUUCUUUGUUGAUGUUGUUGGAGCCACGUUAUGGUUUUGUUGCUUUGCCAGGUUUUUGAUUCUUUUACCAUUAGUUGGUAGACGAUUUCUACCGGGAGGCAUUGCUGAUUUCUUCCACGCUGUUUCUGUAAUACCUUUGCUUGCGACACUUUUAUUUAAUAUUGUAAAUAAGAGUAGUGGUAUAGUAUCAAGCUUCUGGUCCUUAUUCAAUGGAGUUUGGAUGGUUUGGAUCUGUUAUGGAGUCAUCUUCCCAUUUCCCAAAAUUGCCAAACAUACUACUUAUUCGUUAUUGAUAACCGCUUGGUGCAUUCAAUAUAUGAUACAAUUCACAUAUCAAGCAUUCAAGGUGAAAAUGAGAUGGGCUCCAUUUAGUUUAUGGUGGCUACAAUAUAACAAUUUUUAUUUAACUUUCCCAUUGCAGGUAUGUGCCGAGAUGCUGAUGCUAUUCUUAAGUUUGGCGGUUGCCGAUGAAAAUGAGUAUUACACGAUGGCUCUCAAAACAGCGUUUGUGUGCUAUAUACCAGUAGCGUAUUUUGCAUGGCAGCACUUGAAGAAUAGACGCAAGGAAAAAUACUCUGCUGGCAUUGCUAGAAACUCUGCUAGAAACUCUGCUAGAAACUCUGCUGGCAUUGCAAGAGACUCUAUUACAAGAGACUCUACUGUUAUUACAAGAGACUCUACUGGCAUUACAAGAGACUCUACUGGCAUUACAAGAGACUCUACUGGCAUUGCAAGAAGUUCAUAA